CAGCCAGUAUCCCGGCGUGCCGUGAGCGGGCGGGCUGGCUGGCGGGAGGCUGUGUGUCUGUCUCCCCCCUUCACGGUCUCUGUCUACCCCCGGCUCAUCACCAUGGCCGGCAUCCUGUUCGAAGACAUCUUUGACGUGAAGGACAUUGAUCCGGAGGGGAUAAAGUUUGACAGAGUUUCCCGUCUACAUUGUGAGAGUGAAUCCUUCAAAAUGGACCUGAUACUUGAUGUAAACAUUCAGAUUUACCCUGUUGAACUCGGUGAUAAAUUCCGUCUGGUAAUAGCAAGCACUCUGUAUGAAGAUGGAACUCCGGAUGAUGGCGAAUACAACCCCACAGAUGACCGGCCAUCUCGGGCAGACCAAUUUGAAUACGUCAUGUAUGGAAAGGUUUAUAGAAUAGAAGGGGAUGAGAGCUCAACGGAAGCGGCCACCAGAUUGUCAGCCUACGUAUCAUAUGGAGGUCUACUCAUGAGGCUACAAGGGGAUGCAAACAACUUGCAUGGCUUUGAGGUGGAUUCCAGAGUGUAUCUCCUCAUGAAGAAACUUGCAUUCUAAGAUAGAAGGUCAAGAAUCUUAAAUUUGCUUAACAUAUCAAUGAAAUCAAAUGUGCUUGUUGAUAUUAGUCAACAAAUUAUUUAUCACAACAAAUGUGUAAAUGUCCUACAUUUACAGUUCUCCCUGUUUCAAAGGAGAUUAUGUAGGGAAGUCAAUCAUCCAUGGCCUUGUUAUUUCCAACCAGAACAUUUUACGUGGCCACAUCAUUGAAACGAAAGGAUAUAAAAUGGAAGUCAUUGAACAGUAUCCAAAUAAAAACGUAUUUUUUGUUUCAAGAAUUA